GCCAUGGCUGCCUUCAAGGGCAUCUGGACUCAGGAGUUCUGGCGCUGUAUGGGGGCUGAGUUUUUUGCCAUGCUGCUCUUUGUCUUGCUCAGUCUCGGGUCAACUAUCAGUUGGACUGUUGAGGAUAAUGCCCAUCCCCCUGACCUGGUGCUCAUUUCACUCUGCUUUGGCCUGAGUAUUUCCACCAUGGUGCAGUGCUUUGGCCACAUCAGUGGUGCUCAUGUCAACCCAGCAGUCACAGCUGCCAUGGUGGUGACCAGGAAGCUCAGUCUAGCUAAAGCACUCUUCUACCUCACGGCCCAGUGUGUAGGAGCCAUAGUGGGAGCAGCCAUUCUGUACAGUAUCACCCCCACCUCUGUUAGGGGUGGCAUGGGGGUCACCACGGUAAAUGCGAGCAUCUCUGUUGGAAAUGCACUGGUUGUAGAGCUCUUCAUCACCUUUCAGCUGGUCUUCACUGUGUUUGCUACAUGUGACCAUAAACGUAAUGACCUGAAGGGUUCAUCUGCAUUGGCUAUUGGCCUAUCUGUUUGUAUUGGUCACCUGUUUGCUAUUCCCUACACUGGAGCCAGUAUGAACCCUGCACGAUCCCUUGGCCCAGCCGUGGUCACCUGGUACUGGGAAAACCACUGGGUAUACUGGGUGGGUCCAUCUUUAGGUGGAGCUUUAGCUGCAGCCCUGUAUGAAUACCUGUUCUGUCCAGACCCAGUGUUGAAGAAGCGUUACUCUGAGGCCUUCAUCAGGAUGCCCUUCACUGCUACCAUACACCGGCAGGAUUCAGUUACAGCCGAGGAGCCUCUCUUCACUGUCAUGGAUGUGGAAAGAGCUGAGAGGAAAGAGAGAGAGAGAGAGAUGGAGGUAUCGGGGGAGGUGUUAUCUUCUGUAUGAGUAGAAAGGAAAUGCAUCACUGAUGUCCCGACUGCUGAUCAGCGGCCCAGUCUGAAGGAGACUGACCUCCUGUAGACUGGCUCAGCCAACACUUAGGACUAAGGAAGAAGGAAAAGAAGUACAAACCUCUUU